GCAGAGGCGCCCAAGAUGGAAGCACCAAAUGCAGACUUUUCCAUCAAAUUCAGCUGGACGUUAUUAAAUACCACGGCUGUCAAUAACUCGGUUUGAGUAAAGCCACACUCGGUGUUAAACGUUAUUCCAAGCGACUUUAAAUGGUCAACGAGGUAACCUGCGUUGCCAUUGCGUCGAGGAUUUGCUUUGCGUUAGUGAUGUCCCGACAUGUCAAGAAGUCCCCAUCUCUUUGCACGGAUCGACCACUGGACAACGCUGACAUUUGCAACAAGCUCAGUUUGCUGCGGCAGCUGCUGGCGUCUUGUUUCGGUCCGACGGGGCGACUGAAACAGGUUCACAACAGCAUUGGGGGCUGCGUUGUUACCACCUCGACCUCCUCUGUUCUUCUCCCGGCCAUUUCAUCCGCACAGCCUUUCGUUAAUCUGAUUAAAAGCUCGAUUCUCAACCACGUUUCUCGUUUCAGCGACUGCGGCCUGUUCGCUGCCACUCUCUGCUUGGCCCUCGUUGAGAGAGCGAAGCAAAGUGGCCUGGGGGGGAAUGUGGCCAUCGGCCUGAACAAGCACUUACUGGGUCUGUGCGUCAGUUACCUGCAGAGAGAGGACUGCGGUUGCAAGGUGAAGCUCGACUUCGGCAGCAGCCAGCACCUGGUCACGCUGGCUCGCAGCAUCAUCUCCAGCAAACCAGCGUGUGUGCUCACAGAGCAAGAGACGCUUCACAUCAGCAAGUUGGCAUCGCAGGCUUUUCUGCUGACUCUCCCCUGUGCCAACCCAGGCACAGUCACUCUGGGCAGGACUGUGACUGCUUCAGUUGAGGGCCACUCUGUGCUCGCCUCCGCAGUCUUCCCAGGCUUACUGCUGGAUGUGACCGGUGCCCUUUGCCCCCACAAAGCAGAGAGCCUAAAUUCAAGUCCAAUGUGUGUGGUGUUGUUCAGUGCGUCCCUUGCCGGAGACCUCCCUGAACUUGGGGAUGGGAUAGUCGAGGUUCCCUCAGGUGUGGACACGGACUCGCAGAUCCUGGAUCAACUCCUGGAGCUCGGCAAGCAGGCGGUUAAAGACGAGGUGAAGCUCUUCGUUUGCCAGAAGGUCAUCCACCCAGUCAUACAGCAAUACCUGAGGAGUCAAGGCAUCAUUGUGAUAGAGAGACUGGGGGUCACUCUCAUGGAGCCACUUAUUCAGCUCACAGGUGCUCAACCUGUGGCCACAUUGCAUAGCACACUUCCAGCCAAGGCCUACGGGAAGGUGAGGGAUCUCAGUAUAAGGCAGUUUGGAUCCAAGACUAUGCUGCAUUUACAUCCCCCAGGGGAAUCUGCAAUCUGCACGAUGGUCCUCUGCCACAGGAACGAGACAAUGCUAAGCGAGCUGAAGGUGGUGUGCCAGAAGACAGAAAAUGUUUUGAGGCUCACCCUUAGGGAGCCAUCUGCCUUACUUGGAGGUGGAUGUACAGAGACCCACUUGGCUGCUUACGUCAGACACAAGAGCAUGAAUGAAGUAACAGAGACUGCAGCAGUAUUAGGGUGCUCACAGUCAGAGUACCUUCUUGGCGUGGAGGGAUUCUGCCAUUCUCUGGAGUCUGUGGCCAAAGCACUGGAGCACAAUGGUGGGAAUUCUUUCAUUGAUCUGACACAUGCUCACCACUGGACCCUCCGUGCAGAUGUGAUGAGCGGAUGCAUGGAGGAUAUGACGGGCCUCUGUGGCUGUGGACUGGUGGAAGGUAGCCCAAGUAGGAAGUGGACUUGUCUAAACUCUAAAUACACAGAGUUCUCACCAGCAUCCCCGUCUAGAGAUUCUCCUGUGCAGCCACGUGUGCUGGACUCCUUCACGGCUAAACUCAAUGCAUUGCAAGUGGCUGUAGAAACUGCUAAUCUUGCACUAGAUGUGAGAUAUAUAAUUCAAGAUGUGAACUAGUAGAAAAGGUAUUUUGUCUAGUGCUGGAUUCUGUAAAAAGUUUCAACAAAAAACAUUGAACAUAAACUUCAUGAAGGGAGGAUUUAUUGCAGGACUUCUGUAUAAGACUGCAUUUAUUUUUGCUUUAGGUACUCAAUAUAAUAGCAUUUACCAUGUAUACAUACUGUUUGGACAGUUUUUAGUCUCUAAAAUGAAGAAACCAUGAGUUCAUUUUACCAUUUUCCUCCCACCAGGUCUUUCUCCUGGUAACAUUUCUGAAUGUCUCCAUGGUCAUUGACAGUGGAUAAACGUAUUGGACAUUAAUUCUAAACAGGAUAAUUUUGUCAAGUUUACCUUAGUAGUGUAGUUAGCAAUGCACUGUACAUGGUUUAAAAAUCUAUUGCAACGUUGGAGUAAACAAAAAUCGCCAGUGAUUAAAAAAAAAUAAAAAAUCAAGUGUAUAAACCAAGUAAACAUUUUUUUGUGAUUGUAGAUACUUGAAGAACAAGACACCAGAGCAGACAUGCUUUUCAGUACAGUUUACUUGUUUUGUAACAUGAACCCUUGGCCUUAUGGGAAGAGCCUUAUGGGAUGCUUUGUCAGUGGAACCUGAGAUCAGAACAACUCCAUUCACGGAGAAGUUGAGUAGAAUAUUUUAGGUUUGUGACAUGUAAGUUCCCAUUCUCUCAGCCACAGAAAAAUAAUACAAAAAACAUUUCUAUAAGACAAAACAAUAAACAGAAAAGGAACAGU